UGUUGCAUUGUAAAAUUUUCAGUGUGUCAACAAAACUGUCCUGUCAGAAACGAUGACAGCUAUUUAUUGUUGAUAAAAAUAUUCAAAAUCAACAAAAUUCGCAUCGCGAUAUCCUAAAAAUACAGCCUAUCAUGGCGCUGGACAUGCCUUAUGUGACAUAUAUGACAAUAUAUGUCAUUUCAGCCAGCAUUGUGUCGACGAACACGAGAUCAGCGACGCAUUGGAAGUUGCAGGAGAGUUCCACAGGCGAGUUCCUUGUACGGCCUGUCAGCGAGGAAGACACGGGCAAACUCUCCACUGAUGACCCGGUGAUGACUAUACUGGCUCAGAAGUACGGCUUCGGGGAAACGUUAUUGACUGCGAACGAUCAGGAGUGUUUAUCAUGUGGUAAAACGGCAGAAGAAGGAGUUUUAGAACUUAGCAAUCCAUCCGACCCAUUGAACUGUGGAAAGCAUGCCAACAAGACAGAUUACGAUAGUUUAAAUGGUAUAGCAGAUCGCUGGAAACAUCCGAGUAUACCAGAGCCAGAAGUAGCCCUCAUAUUUAAGAGAAGCGAUUCGGAUCAGGUCGAUAUGUCACUGCUAGAAAACUCUCUCAGAGAAACCAUUAAACUUAAUCCUUCAUCUUUAGCUGUCUUAAACCAAGUAGGUAAUUUUUGGCGGAUCAAAGGCAACACAUACCUGGCCAUUGAGUGCUUCCGCAAAGCCAUUUCCCUUUCACCCACCAAUCCAGACAUCCUUCUGAACUUAGCGAGGGUCUUAUUUAAUCUCCAGUAUCAUUCAGACGCACUCUAUCUAACGCAGAAGUCUCUUCAGUUUAAGACUCCCGACCAAAACUCGUGGCUCCAGCACUUUACCCUUGGUGAGAUAUUCAAGGUACUUGGGAAAUACGCCGAGGCGGGGGUUCACUUCAGAUACGCCCUCGACCUCAACCCCACGUUCCAGCCGGCUGAAGCACAUUUACGGGAAAUUGAACAGCCUACGCAGACAAACGCUACUAUUUAUACCAUCCUUAUUAUCGGUUUUUUAAUCGUGGCGGUCUGCGUUGCACUUUACGUCGUCACAGAAGUUUACAUGAAUGAAAGUCCAUUGAGAAGGUCUCCUAAAAUGCCAGUUCCGUGGGAUAGGUCGAAAUUUCCGAUGUUGAAAAGCAAAAGGGGAGGGUCAUACUAGCUCGAAAAAGAUUGUGCUUUUAUCUCUCUCUCUUAACACGGUACUAAUAUUAGAAGGCUCUCCAGUUAGGAGGUGUUUCAUCUUUUUAUUGUGAUAAGUUAUCAGCCUAGACAUGCGAGAAGAAAAAGUAUCAAGAUGAAAAGUUUGCUGACCUUUCCACAAUACGUUUUCUACUUUUUCUUACAUCUUGAGUGAUUAUUUCUCUUAAACCCAUAUUCUUUCAAACACAAACAUGAUUUUUCUUGAUGCUCUUGGUACUUUACCACAUAAGUUGUACCAACUUUUAGUUGACCUUUGAACUUUAUAUAAAAUUCUUUGCCCUUCCUUGUUAAAGUAUCUUCAUACAAUUCAAUCAUAAUCUUAGGGUUUGCACUUUCCUCCUUUAUCAAUGCGCUAGAGAAGUUAAAAUCUGGUGAUGUUCUUGGAUGAUCCCCAUCAUCAUCUCUGCUCUCUAAAAAAAUAGAAUUAAAUGAAAUAUUUAAAAAAGACUUGUUAUAAUUCUCCCCAAAACUUGUUAUAAACCUCUCCUCACAUUCUGAUUUGAUCUUGGGUAGUUAAAUUCUGUAGGUUUUAUGCAUAAAGGUACACAUAUUUACCUUUUAAAAAUGGAAUAAACAACUUGCCUGUUUCUAAAGUGCUCCUGUUAAGGAAAGCAAGUAUUCAAUUUGGCCUAAUUAAAUUGAGGUGCUUUUACCACAUGGAAUGAUACCAAUGGCCGUAAAAUAAAUAGACCAAGUAGCUAUUCGGUGCUCUAUUCUAGACAAGUGAGGCCAAUUUUCUCUCUGCAGAUGUAUACAUGGACAUGUACAGUAGUUAUCUCAUUGGUUGGUGAUAGUGACAAUGUAUGGCCCUGUUGUCUCUAGACUUUGAAUUCAAGACAAUUUCAAGCCCCUGUGGUGGUCAUUGGUGCAAUCUUACUGUAAUGAAAAUCUCAUGUGGUAAUGAUGUCACAGUGAUACUACACUGCAAUGCCCUGUUUUCACGAACCUUGUUAUUACUUGCAAAUUGUAAACUACCAUUCAAGUACCGGUAUCUAAAUACGGUGUCAUCUACCUGUAAAUGUGUAAUCUGACAGAAUUUUGUGAUAAAGUUUUAUGAAACUGGGCCCUUGCAUUUAAAAACCCCACCCACAGUCUCAUUGAUCAGAUAAUGCCAUGAAUCUUGUGAUCAUUAACCCUAUCUACGGGGGGGAGUUCAGCAGGAGAACUGGUUAAAUAAUUAACAUUUACGGGCACGUCGAAUCUAUGCGUUAGGGAUUCCGGUUUAUAUAGCAAAGCUGAUAUUUCAAUCCUUAAUCAUGUCGUUUAAUUUAU